CACCGCCAUCCAAAUGACAACAAACAAAACGAAAUUGAGAAUUUCCAACUUUCUUCAGCAAGAUUUUUGAAUAAAAAUCAAAUAAUUGAAAGCUUUUUUCUUCGUAAAAUUAACCACAGUUUCAUUUUGAAGUUAUGAAAUAUCCAAGUAGCUUUUAUGAUGUCGCGAUGUUCGCCGGAAGACAGAGUAAUAAUUUGUUCAGAGAACACCAAAAGUGAUUAUAAAGUCACAUCGUUGGAAAUAUCAUCUCAUGCUGAAAAACUUGGUGUUGAUUGCACAACAGAACGUCAUUUGUUUCCUAUUGUUUUACAAGGGCUCAUUCAUCCUUUACCUACAAAUUGGAUUCCUUGUUAUGAUAAAAAACUCGGAGAAUUUUUCUAUUACAACGUAAAAAACGGAUUUUCUCAGUGGGAACAUCCCAUCGAUGAGCAGUACAGAAAUCUAAUAUUAAAAAUUAAAAACGAAUAUGACGGAAAUUUGAACGAAUUCCUGCGAAGUGAAGAAAAUUUGGAUAUGCUUCCGUUGCGACAAAAUAGAAAACCACAGUUGUUACCCAUAAAGCAACUUUUGAAGUAUAAAGAUGAAGAGAAAUCCGCCACAGAUGAUAAAAUCUUCAAACCUGAUCUACAUCCUUCUCUCAAAAUGAAAAACGAUGCUAGUCCUAGUUAUAAGAAAUCAGUUUCCUUUAUUACUAAUGACUUCCCUUCAGAAAAAGAUGUCCAAUUUUUUGAUACGGGGCAUGAGAAACGUAUAGAUAAAAUUUUUAACCUCAAUGACGCUUGGAGUUCAAAAACUGUCGAUACAUGGAGGGAAAGUGACGAUUUUCAUACUUUCGAUGAACACGAUCGGUCUAGUCCAGAGGAUAAUAAUAAGCCUGAAAUUUCACCAUUGAGUAAGAAUUUAAAUAAGAAGAUUACUUCGCUGAAACAAUCGUUCAAUCAAAUCAAAUCGAAUACCGAAACCCAACCUUCCAGUAAUUUUAAACGUUUGCAUAUAAAUUUGCGACACCCCGAUUCGCUCCUAUUUUCUGAUAGCAAUCACGAUGAUACAACGAAAAAUAUCCUCUCACCGUCUCCUAGCUCGGAAUUAGUUUCUGAAGAAGAAGAAAGUCCUCAUAAUGUGUUGACAAAUAUUACCGAGUCCGGAAUCGAUGUUAAUACCGUGACCGAUUUACAGAAAUUGAAAGCUAGAAGCAAAUUAAGUAAUCAAAAUAGUGAUGUGAACAAGCAAAUCUAUCGUAUAAUUGAUACGACAUUGUGUUCAGCCAUGGCCGAAGUUGAACAGAAUUUGAACGAUAAAUUUGAAGGGAAAAUUACCGAAGAAAUCGCCAAGUUGAAAAAACUUUAUAGAGAUAGAUUGGAAUCGAACAGCAAUAAUUCUGUCCCGAAUACCCAGCAGCAAAAUAAUUACGAAAUCGUUGUAAAGGAAACCCAAGAAAAAUACAACAUCUUCAAAGAAGAAAUUGAAAACGAGAUGAAAAAAAAUUAUACUUCAUUGGAAGAAUUACGAAAUACUUAUCACUCAGAAAUCAAUAAACUCAAGGAAAGUUUGAACGAAUGUUUGAAAAUUUUGGAAAACGAAAAAGAACGUACGAAGAAUACGGACCAUCUGCAACAACGAUUACAGAAUUUAAUGGAUGAAAAAUUAAAUAAUGUUGAACAAAGUUUGAGUAAAAAAAUGAAAAAUCUUGAAACAAAACAAAAGAAUGAACUGGAAGCAUUUAAAAUGGAAAAAGAAACAAAAAUAACGCAACAUUACGAGUCAUUUAUGGAAGAAUAUCGGAAGAACUCUGAGAAACUAUGGCAAGAAAAUUCGAGAACUGUCGUUUUAGGAGUUUUGAAUGAAUUAUUCACUCGGGAAAUUGGAAGCGAUGAUUCGUUAUUUCUGAAUUUUAAGAAAUUCGUGGUCAAUUUAUUAAAAGAAAAUCAAACGAAAGAAAACACUGAACACACUAGUAGAAAAACUAUCGCCACCCAAACGGAUAACGCAUUUAAUGAUGAAAUAUUAGUUCUGAAAGAAAAUAUUGAAGAAAUUUCCUCUUCCAUAAAACACCUGACUGAAGAAAUACCAUAUUCCAAUAGAAACGAAAGCAAGAAAACCAUCAAACAGAAUUCGGAUGAAAUAUUUUUCAAUAAGAACGCUACGAAGAAAGUUCAUCCAAAUUAUACGUCAAUUCCAUAUAAAGUGGAGUUGUACAAGACAGAUUUCAGUCCGUUUGAGGAAUUUUCGUCACAUAUUGAUGAAGAAUUGGAUCGUUACAGAAAAAAGUAUUUAUCGAAUCCGAAGUGGUUUGGAUAUCAAAAUAGUACAUAAGAAUGUAUACAUUUUUCUUUCAUUAUUUUUCAAAAAACUGCUUUUUUAUUGAAAAAUUUAUUGAUGAUGUAUCUACCUACUUGAUUUACUGUAAUAAAGUUUUUAAGAAUAA